AUGGCAUUUAAUGAUUGCUUCAGUUUGACCUACCCAGGCAACCCCCAUCCAGGGGACUUGAUUGAAGUGUUCCGUCCUGGCUAUCAGCACUGGGCUUUGUACUUGGGUGAUGGUUAUGUUAUCAACAUAGCACCUAUAGAUGGCAUGCCUUCCUCAUUUACUAGUGCCAAGUCUGUAUUCCACACGAAGGCCCUGGUGAAGAUGCAGCUCUUGAAAGAUGUUGUGGGAAAUGACACAUACAGAAUUAACAAUAAAUACGAUGACAUCUUACCCCCUCUCCCUGUGGAUGAAGUCAUUCAAAGGUCAGAGUUUGUUAUUGGACAAGAGGUGGCAUAUAACUUCCUGUCCAACAACUGUGAGCAUUUGGUGACUUUGCUUCGGUAUGGAGAAGGAGUCUCAGAGCAAGCCAACCGAGCAAAAAGUAUCCUUGGACUAGUGACAGCUGCUGUUGGUGCCUUCUCCUCUCUGGGCUUGUUUCCAAUGAGACGAACAAAAUUCUAUUAA